AUGCAGGCUCCUCGAUUUCGAUUCAACGAGCGCGAGGCUAACCCAAACCCGUACAUAGCGUUCAUACGUGCUUUGAAGGGCAAGAAAGACCACGAUGAUGCUGAGCAGAUGCUAAAAGCGGUUGCCGCACAGAUGAACAAAAUCAUGAAGAACCGUUUCAUGUUCGUUGGUACUCUCGAAGAGGCGGAAUAUAAUCGCGUAUUUGCGGGUAGGAAUUGGAAUCAUGGGCAAACGAUAGAGCUUGUGUUACGUGGUGCUAGUGGGAGGUUCUUGCCCCUGCCAUACAUCAUCUCCGUCAUGUGUCAUGAGAUGGCUCAUAUAGAGCUCAUGGCUGAAAUCAAGACUGAAGUAAGAGCUUUACAAGCAAAAGGAUAUUACGGGGACGGCUUCUGGUCUGAUGGGAAGAGACUCAGAGAUAGCGUCAAAGCGGGUGCUGAGUGGCUGCGCCCCUCUGAUUUUCCCGAGUACGUCUGUGGUGUGACAGCUUCCGAUGGCAAGAAAGCCAAGCCGCCCAGUAGAGGCCCUCGAUCAUCUCAUUCAGGUCUGGUACAAGGCGAGGCCUCAAAUCGAUCAGGCAGGCAAACGGAAUAUCGACGGAAAGCAGGGACCAGAAAUCAAGUUGACAUGGGAACCGAAGGUUCGAGGCUUGACGGGAGAAGAGAAAUUACUGCUGAGGAUCGGGAACGACGGAAAUCAGCCAUUGAAGAGGAGCAGAAACGUUUGGUCAAGACUGGUUUAGCAGUAACUACAGCCAAGCGAAGAGCCGCUGAGACUUGGGACAGGCGAAAUCCGUGGUUCAAAGAAGGUAAUACGAGAGGCAAAGUAGCAAAAUCCAAGACAGCAGCAGAGAUCCGUGCCGUAGCUGCCGAAAAGAGGCUCAAAUCUCUCAGCGGAGCUCCUGUCAAACUUGAGAUCAUGCCUGAUGACGAUGAAGACGAUUACCUCCAUCAUCUCAAAAACGAAUUCGACAGUGAUGCUGAUGAUGUGCCCGAUCCCCAUGUCGACGCAGAGGACAGGAAAAGAGAGAUGGAACAUGACAUGACGGAUGCUGAACGAGAAGGAUUGCGGGGAGGUUGGGAACAAUUCAUUAAAUCUGAACCCGGACUGGGGGACGAUUUGCCUGACGUGGGAUCAUCUCGAGAGGGAUCUAGCAGCGAAAAGGCAAACCUCGUCGUCAAACACGGCAGGCUGGGCCACGAUGAAGGGGGUGAUUGGAGUUGUCAAAUGUGCACUUUUCUCAAUCGAGGCGGUCGAAAUAGAUGUGAGAUGUGCGAGGGAAUACGACAUGGUUAUCUCGCGACGUAG